UUAAUUAGUCCAUAUAGAGUUUAAUUUAAAAAAAAAAAAGUAACAUAAACAUAGUAUACGACAAGGAAAAGUGACGUACGAAGUCUUUUUCUUUCAUUUUCUUUUAUGUUUUUAAAAUUAUUUUUAUACCAAAAUGUUUUUGCGAAGUAAAAUGCGACAACACACAUGUCGAAUAAUAUUAUUGACAUCAAUCGUAUGGGUUUUAAUUGACUUAGUUUUGAUAACAUUUUAUGCGGAUUGUUUGGGUAAUUGUAAAUCGGAUCGGUAUGAAGAUUCAAACGCGCUCGGUUUUAAAGUAAUCAGUAAUCAUGACGAUUAUGAGAAUAAUAUUGAAGAGAGUCAAGAUGACGGGGCUAUCGAUGAGCAUCAUGGUUUUAGUGGGAAAUUAACGUAUAAACCGUCGGAGUUGCGGAGAUGGAAACCGCUACCACCAGUGCCUAAGAAUCCAGGUUGGCCGGGGGAAAAUGGUGAAGCUGUAAAUAUACCACCGGAACAGGAGGAAUUGAUGAAGGAGAAGUUUAAGUUAAAUCAAUUUAAUUUAUUGGCUAGUGAUAUGAUUGCGUUGAAUCGAUCGUUAGCGGAUGUUCGAUUACCGGGUUGUAAGAAAGUUAAAUAUCCAUCACAGCUACCUCCAACAAGUAUAGUAAUUGUAUUUCACAAUGAGGCAUGGUCGACGUUAUUAAGAACCGUUUGGAGUGCAAUCAAUCGAUCACCGAAACCUCUUCUAAAAGAGAUUAUAUUAGUUGAUGAUUCCAGUGAUAGAGAACAUUUGGGUCAUAAAUUAGAAGAAUAUGUUAAAACAUUACCGGUACCAACAUACGUGUAUCGAACAGAAAAACGAUCGGGUUUAAUUCGUGCUCGAUUACUUGGUGCCAAACAUGUGACUGGAAAAGUAAUUACAUUCUUGGAUGCACAUUGUGAAUGUACCGAAGGAUGGUUGGAACCAUUAUUGGCACGUAUUGCAAUCAAUCGUAAGACUGUUGUUUGUCCUAUCAUUGAUGUUAUCUCGGAUGAAACGUUUCAAUAUAUCACAGCAUCAGAUAUGACAUGGGGUGGUUUCAAUUGGAAACUAAACUUUAGAUGGUAUCGAGUACCACAACGUGAAUUAGAUCGUCGAGGUGGCGAUAGAACAGUACCGUUACGAUCACCAACGAUGGCUGGUGGUUUAUUCUCAAUUGAUCGUGAUUAUUUCUAUGAAAUUGGUUCAUACGAUGAAGGAAUGGAUAUCUGGGGUAGUGAAAAUCUGGAAAUGAGUUUUAGGGUUUGGAUGUGUGGUGGUAUUUUGGAGAUAGCAACUUGUUCACAUGUAGGACAUGUAUUCAGGAAAAACACACCGUACACAUUUCCGGGUGGUAUCAGUCGUAUCGUGAAUCAUAACAGUGCACGUCUUGUCGAGGUGUGGCUUGAUGAUUGGAAAGAAUUCUACUAUAGCCUUAAUCCAGCUGCUCGCAAUGUUGACGUUGGUGAUGUGUCCGAACGUAAGGCAUUACGAGAACGUUUGAAAUGUAAAAGCUUUAGAUGGUAUCUGGAAAAUAUUUAUCCUGAAUCACAAAUGCCACUCGAUUAUUACUACUUGGGUGAUAUUCGAAACUUAUUAACCGGCCAUUGUUUAGAUACAUUAGGUCAUAAAGCUGGUGAAACGUUGGGAUCAUCAUAUUGCCAUAAUAUGGGUGGUAAUCAAAUAUUUGCAUAUACUAAACGUAAACAAAUUAUGACGGAUGAUAACUGUUUGGAUGCUGCUAAACUAGAAGGUCCUGUUAAAUUGGUACGAUGUCAUGGAAUGGGAGGUAACCAAGAAUGGGUAUAUGAUGAUGAAGAUAAAACAAUUAAGCACGUGAACACAGGAAGCUGUUUACAAAAACCAGAUGCAAAGAACCCCAGUGAAAUAUUACUACGACGAUGUUUACCAAACGAUCCGGGUCAACAAUGGGUGAUGAAAUCAAAAUUCAAAUGGCAAGCUAACAGAUAGAACUGGUUCCAAAAUAAUACAGGAUAUUAUUUUAAAAAAUCAGUAGUAUCGCGCAAACUUAAACAAUUAAUGAACAAUUAACACAAAUUAUGAAGAAAAUAUGGCUGGAAGAGCUGAGAGAAAGAAGCAAGUGAACAAUAAAAUUUCAUGUAAAAAAAAAAGAAAAAUCUAUUGUUACGUUUGUUAAUAUUUAA